AUGCAGCGCAAGAUCCAGUCCUCGCUGCAGCGUCCUGACCUGGCCAGCCGCCUGGCGCAGGGACUGCGCAAGACCGCCAAAUCCACCACGCAAACCUACAUCACAUACGGCCAGACAGAUGUCUUAUUCAAAUCUUGCGCGAGGCAGGCUGACUACUUCAUCCCAGAGGACCAGCGCAUGCACGUCGUGACGGGCACCGGUCCCCCCAAGGCCGCCGACGGUGCGGACUUGGGCCAGGCUGUGGCCGAAACAUGGUGGUUCAACACGGUCAAUCUCCCGCCAACAUUCUCCACCUGGUCAGCGGUGACGUUUCUGCACAUGUACAUCAUGACGGUGCGACUGCGGGCGCUGCAGACUCCGGCCGCAUUUCAAAGCUACCACCGAUACCUCAUUGAGAAUUUUUCUCAAGCUGCGGAAGACAAGAUGGCGACUGAGCACAACAUGUACGCCCGCGGCAUUCGGAACCGAUACCUCAAAGACCUGUUUUUGCAAUGGCGAGGUAACAUCAUUGCGUACGACGAAGGUCUGGCCAAGGGAGAUGCUGUGCUCGGGGCAGCCGUAUGGAGGAAUUUGUUUCGCGGACAAGAGGACGUGGACUGGGAGAAGGUUGCGCUCGUAGUGAGCUUUAUGCGCCAGGUUAUCAGUAAGCUUGGAGAUCUGCGCGUUACCGACAUGAUGAACGAAAUGGACGGCCCCAAGGGCCUCUGGGCGUUGAGCCAGAGAGAGGCCGAGGUGAUGCUGGAAAGGGGCAGCAAAGGUCUGACCGAACCGUUCACGGAAUGA